CCACAGCGCCCUGCCCUCUGCGCGUCCCCGUUCAGUAGGGCUCGAGCCGUUAACGGAGCGGCGGAUCACGGACGUGUGAUCACACAUUUCUCCCCAACAAAAUAUCCAUCAGAGCCCACGUUCAGUUUAACGACAGUUCCGCGAUAUUUGGAUUACGAUGGCGCACACGGGUUCGUGAGGAGAGCGUUGUCGUUCGCUGAAGGUACUGACAGCACAGUUUAUAAACUGUGUGUGGGUGUGAAGUUCAGCCUGCAGUUUGUGUGUGUGAUGGAGGGUUUUCCUGUCCACUGAUGCUGCAGCACUGCCCUUGCAGUCAUGUCUGCAUGCAACACCUUCACUGAACAUGUAUGGAAACCAGGGGAGUGCAAAAAUUGCUUUAAGCCUAAGAGCCUACACCGGCCUCCAGAGCAAGCCAAUGAGAGCAAAACGAACGUCAAUGCCAAACUUACAAACAGCCAGAGGAGCAUUUCCUCAUCCCGUGCAGGGCAGGUCCGCCCACCUGUUGCCAAGAAACCUACUAUUGCAGUAAAGCCAACCAUGAUGCUGCCAUGCUCUCCACCAGGUCUAGACUCUGAGGGAAAUGUGCCAAGGCUUGCAGAGGGAGCGCAGGUCACUAAGAGCUCACCUUUCACUGUGUGGAACCACAACAGCCUGAAUAGCCAGAGACCUGCAGGAACAAACAACAAUCAAGGAGAGGAUUUGGUUGGGCAGACAGAGGCAUAUGGUGCAAUCUCCCCACAGCCAACUAGCAGCAACAAUGGACUGACAGACGUGCUGAAAGAGAUUGCUGGUCUGGGAUCUUCUCCAAGUUCAAGUAGAGAUGACUUCUUUGGCCGGAUCUGUAGUUCAUACCGGCGCUCAUUAGAGAGGGGCCUUCCACCGUCAAGCUGUCUCCAUGCUGGGAGUGGUGGUAGAGGAGCAAUGAAACGUGUUUCCCUCAGUGACAGUGCAGAGGUUAUCAGCUCUGAGGGAGGACGGUUUUGUUAUCCAGAAUUCUCCAGUGAUGGUGACGAUGAGGAGGAGGAGAGUGGUGAUGAGGAUGAUGAUGGAGAGCAUGACAGUUGGGAUGAAAGUGACGAGGAGUUGCUAGCAAUGGGGAUACGAAUGCGGGGUCAACCUCGUUUUGCCAAUUUCCGUGCAGCCACGCUAUCCCCGGUUCCCUUCGCUUUAGGGAAGAAGUGGAAUACAGUGCCUCUACGUAACCGUUCACUGCAACGGUUCUGCGCAGUGGACUAUGAUGAUAGCUAUGAUGAGAUUCUCAAUGGAUACCCAUCUGUUGACACAAAUGGAGCACCUGCUCUUCUAUCAUAUGCUUCUGACCACCAGGGUAGUGGCUUUCUGUCCACUUCUGAGUCCACCACCUCACCCGAGUCCUUGGCUUCUCUGCCCGAAGAAUCCUGCGCUGGCAGCAGUAGGGGCACUGGUGACCAGAGAAAUGGUCUUCCUUUCACACCCAGUAAAGAACCUUCAGCCAGAGGACUGAGUUCGCCUAAAUCCAGUGAAACUCAUAAAGCUGUUCUAGCCAUUCGACUGGAAGAACAAGAUGACAGUCAGAGAGAGGGUGGGGUUCUCCCGCAAGCUCUUCCAGGCCAGCCAAUCACAAUCAGCUUCAGCCCAACUGAGGAGCAGGCCAAGCCUUAUAGGGUAGUUAAUCUUGAGAAGGCUCCUAUCUGUAAGCCCUAUACGGUGGUGGAUGUGUCAGCCUCUAUGGCCACUAAAGAUGAUCACAGUCACUUGAGUGAAAGCACUCCAAAGUCAAGUGGGCACAACGUUGUGCUCUGCCCCUCUGCUGACCCCUGUCCUGUCUCACCCACCUCCCCUCAGUCCCCUAGAUCUCCCAUCUCACCUGUGGCAUCUCCCUCCAAAUCAUUAUCUCCACUGAUGCCUCAGUCUCCCACAGGUUCUGCCUCUGCAGCCCCUGGCUGUUUCCGCACAAAACCUGGCAGUAUCCGUUACCAAGAAGUGUGGACAUCUUGCACCAGCCCUCGACAGAAGAUCCCUAAAGUUGAUUUUACAUGUAGCGGUGCUGCUCCAAGACUCAUCAAUCACAAAUCAGCUCCCACAUCUCCAACUACAGGCUUCGGCUCUGCCCGUACAGUCCCGACUAAAUCGCCUAACUUAUCUGAGAUCAAGUUCAACAGCUACAACAAUGCCGGCAUGCCCCCGUUUCCCAUCAUCAUCCGUGAUGAGCCUGCAUAUGCACGCAGCUCAAAAAAAGCAGUAAAGGUUCCCAUAGUGAUUAAUCCCAGUGCUUAUGAUAACCUGGCUGUUUACAAGAGUUUCCUGGGGCUCAACGGUGAGCUGCCACAUUCCAAGCCUGGGGCUGGAGAGCGAGUGGCCAGCCACACAUAUGAGGAGAUUGGAUCUUCUGAAAGUUCCCAGCCCUCUCCAUCUGAGCAGACACCUCCUCAGUUGAAGCACACAACAGAUGUAUCUGUUACUGGAGAACUGAGGACCACAACAGUAUCUGGACAGACUGUAAACGACGGUAAAUCCAGGACUACAACAGGUGUCUCAGUCCUUCCUGCAGGUAGCUUAAGCCCUAAACCUGCUGUUUUGCCCCACAGCAGCCUGGAACAUAUUCGUAACCCCAGCAGUGAGCAACAGCCAGAGGGCAGUAGAGAUUGCCAAGUCACACCAAGUGGAAGUACAGGUCAAAGAGAGAAAGCAAGUGCUGUUCUGUCUCAGAUUGUGGCCUCCAUUCAGCCGCCACCUUCUCCUCCAGACUCCCCUGCUGGCCAGAGUAAGACCUACAGUGCUGAGGAGCUUUACUCGCUGCCACCAGAUGCUUCCAGAGAUACUCUUACCCGACCUAAAUCACUCCACUGUUCUGCAGAACCUCACAAAGACACACCACAUAAACUCCUUCCCAAAUCUCAGAGUGCCUCUGCUGCUGUACCGCCCACAAGCCCCAAAUCUGAACCUAGUGCCCCAUUUCCCCCAGCCCGGUCUAGCUCCUCUCCUUACCACUCAACCAACCUGCUCCAAAGGCACUUCAGCAACUGGACCAGACCAGCUGGGGCCAAACCUAGUGAUGGAGAGACCAGUCCAGGUGCGGAAGGCAGGCGUUCGACUGACGCAAACAAGCCCAAGCGUUGGAUAUCCUUCAAAAGUUUCUUCCGCCGGCGGAAAGACGAGGAUGAACAGAAAGAGAAAAUGGAGCGAGAGAAGGAAAAAGGGAAGUUGUUGGGAUUGGAUGGGACUGUCAUCACUGUACUGCCUCCUCCACCUUUACAGAGACAGCACUGGUUUUCAGAGUCCAAGACAGAUGACCCUCACCAGAAACCCACGAUCAUAUUCACCUACAAAUCAGAGAGCGUCACCAGUGGAGAGGAGGGGGAGCUUCGAGUUGAGGAGCACAGAGAGGGUAUCACAGCAGAAGGUGCAGCUUCCAGUCUGUCGACUCCACCCAAAAGCAGAGCCAGCAUUCUCAUUAGCAAAGUCAUGAAUCAGCUUCCAGUUCAGGAUACUGAGAGCUCAUCAGCCACCUCUCUUCCUGCUAAGCUGGAGCUGUCGCCCCUGCGUGAGCCGCCUGCCUCCUGUCCGCCCCCAGUGUCGCCCACCUCAAACAGCAGCAGCCAGGCAGAGCGAGAGGAAGAGGGAAUCGCUCACACCAUCUCACACUCUCCUGCGUCCAGCAGCUGCAGGGCCACGUACACCAACCUGGGUCAAUCCAGGGCCAACAUGAUCCCUUUGAAACAUCCUAGACACCCUAAAGCAUCUGAUGACACUUUAAUGUCUGACCCAGAGGUCACUGAACCCACGAAUAAAUCCACCCCUCCUCCCCUGCCCAAAAAGUCAGUCCCACGUACUCAAACAGAGCCAUCCGCUCUAGGUAGAGAACUCACUGCCCCGCGACCCAAAGGAGAGGCCAAACCUGGCGGGACCAGUCUGAGCGUCGCCAAUCCACUCUACGAUCUCGAGUCCACAUGGGACACGGCCAGUCAGAGCUCCUCUCUAAGUUCGGAGGCACGACAUCCCGAUGAAUCCGGAGACUCCCUGGAGCGUCCCGUGGGUGGGCGGAGCCUGUCUUGCCUUUCCAACAGCAGCUCCAUGCAGGGAUGUGACCGCCGAGGCUACCGCAGUACAGAGAGUCUGACGGCCCGAACGCGAGGGGCUGGGAGACCCGCCAAAGGCCAGAAGCAGGUGCCAUAUAGAGGCAUGGAGAGCUGGGAGGAAGUGGUCGGGAGGAUCCGAGGCCUCCACACGGACACCCUUCGUAAGUUGGCAACAAGAUGUGAAGAUCGAUUCAUGGCUGGACAAAAAGAUCAUCUGCGCUUCGGGACGGACAGCUGGUCUCACUUCCGGCUGACUGCGGGAAAACCCUGCUGCGAGGCUGGAGAUGCCGUGUACUACACAGCGUCUUUCGCCAGAGAACCUCUGGUGAACUACGCUGUCAAGAUCUGUCGGGGUGUGGUGAAGGAGACUCAGCAGCAGUUUUUUCACAGCCUGGCAGUUCGGCAGAGUAUCGCUGUGCACUUCAACAUCCAGCAGGACUGUGGGCACUUCCUGGCAGACGUUCCAGCCCGUCUGCUGCCUUGGGAGCGAGAGGAGGAUAGAGAAGACGAGCGAGGCGGUACAGAAGGAGGAGAAGAGGGAAAAGGAGACAAGGAGGAUGAGAGAGAUGCGGCAGGACCGGGUGGAAAACUCUGCAGCCGUGUUGUGGUGAUCACUCGUGAGGUGCCGUUCCAGACGGUGGCGGAUUUCGUACGCGAGGGUGUGGAGCGGCACGCACGAAACCCUGAGCUGUACGAACGGCAGGUGUGUCUGCUGCUGCUGCAGUUGUGUGCGGGACUGGAGCACAUGAAACCCUACCAUGUCACGCACUGCGACCUACGGCUCGAGAACCUCCUCCUGGUGCACUGUCAGCCCGGGAACCCUUGGAACCUGGAGCUGCUGGAACCGAACAACAACGCCGCGUCCGGACCUUCCUCCGCCACGGUUUCCGCUUGCCCCGCCCGCCUCAUCAUCAGCAACUUCUCUCAGGCUAAACUCAAGAACGUGGUGCUGGAACCCGCUUCGCUCCGAGACCAGUCCCGUCUGGCACCUGAGCUCCUCACUGCCACUCAGUACCGCAAGUGCGAUGAAUUCCAGACCGGCAUACUGAUCUACGAGAUGCUGCAUCGACCCAAUCCGUUCGAGGAAAGUCCGGCGCUAAAGGAGAGGGAAUACUGCAGCUCUGACUUGCCCCAGCUGCCUCUGCGCUCUCUCUACUCGAACGGCCUUCAGCAGCUCGCCACAUUGCUGCUCAACCCCAAUCCUUCUGAGCGCAUCCAGAUGGCGGACGCCCGGGCGUGUUUGCAGUGUCUGCUGUGGGGCCCGCGAGAGGAUCUGUUUAAUUCGCUAAACCCUGCUGUCGGGACAGUCCAGCGCCACACCGUCCUGCAGAACUGGCUGGACCUGAAGCGAACGCUUAUGAUGAUCAAGUUCGCCGAACGUUCUUUGGACUCAGGCUGUGGCGUGAGUUUGGAGGACUGGUUGUGCUGUCAGUAUCUGGCCUUUGCCACCACCGAAUCUCUCAGCAGAGUGAUCAAGAUCCUGCAGCAGCCACAGGGCGUGCUUAUCUGAUCACGGCAAUGAGGCUUUACACAUGUGCGCUGUACAGACGUGUAAUUUUAUUUGAGGAAACCGUAUCAGUUGACUCUUGUUAGUGAAUGUGUUUGGGUUUGCUUUACUUUUAAUACCAUGCAGAGAGUUCGAUCAAACCGUUUACAGGAUGAAAAGUGACAAAGUGAAGUCAUAUUUAACUCCACAGAUAAUGGCACAUUUAUAGAGCUGCUUUUAUAAACAAAGUGAAACUGCAUGACGUGUUUGUAUGUGUGAGCGUGUUGUGGGUUUUCUGCCGGUGUGUUUAGUUAUGCUUUUCAUUCUGCUGUAAAUCAGCAGGAAACCACUGAUCCAACAUCAGCUGCAUCAUGAUUUAUGAUUCCACUAACUCAUGAAACUAUUGGAUAAUUAUUAUGUAAUCAUCACGUAUUGGAGUUUGUCUAAGGAGCCCCUAAAAUAAGGCUACGUUCACACUACCGCCCCCCUUAGUUACUGUUGCUUUGUCCGACAAGCCAUGGCGCUGUCACGCCGCACAGAGUGAAAAAUACAUCGCGGAGCAAAGAGGACACUGACAACACAUCGACA